AUGGAUUUUAACGAUGAGGGCUCCCACUUCGAGCUCAAGGAGAUUCAGACACUUAGUGGUCACACCGAUAGGGUUUGGAGUCUGGCCUGGAAUCCGGCCACCGGAACUGACGACACGCAGCCGGUUAUUGCUUCCUGUAGCGGCGAUAAGACUGUCCGAAUCUGGGAACGGAGUGCCUUAACUCGUUCUUGGGACUGCAAGGCAGUUUUGGAAGAAACACAUACUAGAACAGUCCGAUCGUGUACCUGGUCCCCUUCUGGGAAAUUAUUGGCUACAGCCAGCUUCGACGCGACCACUGCCAUUUGGGAGAAUGUUGGGGGUGAUUUUCAAUGUGUUUCCACUUUAGAGGGUCAUGAAAAUGAAGUCAAAAGUGUGUCUUGGAAUGCGUCUGAAUCUCUAUUGGCGACGUGUAGUCGAGACAAAACUGUUUGGAUUUGGGAAGUGAUGCCAGGGAAUGAAUUCGAGUGUGCUUCAGUGCUGCAGGGCCACACACAAGAUGUUAAGAUGGUUAAGUGGCAUCCAACCAUGGAUAUUCUAUUUUCCUGUAGCUAUGAUAAUACCAUUAAGGUCUGGGCUGAGGAUGAUACUGGUGAUUGGCACUGCAUUCAGACCAUAGGUGAAUCUAGCAAUGGCCACUCUUCUACUGUUUGGGCCAUUUCUUUCAACGCUGAAGGGGACAAAAUGGUUACAUGUAGUGACGAUCUUACCUUAAAAGUAUGGGAAGCAGAUAUUGAGGGAAUGAGAUCUGGUGAUGAUCAAGUACUUUGGAAACAUAUUUCUACACUCACAGGGUAUCAUGAUCGUACAAUCUUUUCAGUUCACUGGUCAAGGGAAGGUAUUAUAGCCAGUGGAGCAGCAGAUGAUGCCAUUCGGUUUUUUGUUGAAAGCAAAGACAGUGCGGUUGAUGGCCCUUCUUAUAGAUUGUUGUUGAAGAAGGAAAAAGCCCAUGAUAUGGAUGUAAACGUAGUGCAAUGGAGCCCCGGGGAAAAUCGGGUGUUGGCUUCUGCAAGUGAUGAUGGCACGAUAAAGAUAUGGGAAUUAGCAACCAAUAGUACUUGA